GCUGAAAACGCCGAUUCUGAGGUGUGCACCAUGGGAUUAUUCUACGCGAGGCUUGGUCCCUUACUUGCUACACUCAGCAUUUCUUAUGUAGAUGCAUUUCAUAUCGCAAACACUUUUCCGAAACUUUCCUUUUCAACCCAGAGCAAGCACAGAUACAUGCCCAUGCUCUUGGCGACAAUGUCCAACAGCGACAACAAGAAGCCUUUGAGCGCUGCUAAUAGGGAAAGGCGGGAGGAAGACAAACGACGGAAAGAUCGUACAGGCGACGUGAUUAUAGGAAAAACUUCUGCGAAAGUGGGUGAGACAGACUACGCCCUCGAUGUAGCGGCAACGGAGCAGGAGUGGCUGCGACAAGCAACAAAUGUUGAGAGAGAAAUUUUUCUGCAGACCGAGAAAGGACUGAAGCUGCUCAAGAUGUUCCAACUAGAAGAAGCCCUGGAGUCAUUUGAUCGGGUUUUCGAGCUCAAGCCAGAUGCGUACCUUUGGCAAGCUGGGAUCGUCAAGUACUACCUGGGAGAUUUGAAGGGCGCGGCUGAUAUUUUUGCUCGGAAUGCUCAACUCUACGAAUCCCGGUUUUUUGAUCCAGCAAGCGAAGAGCGCAUAUGGCGACAUGCAUGUGAAAUAAAGCUUCUGAGUCAGUUUAGUAAAAAAGAGAGAAAGCAGGCAUUGGGUGAUAAGAAUUCAUCCAUUGGAUUGACACAGAUACCUCAAAGAGACCAAGAAACAGAAUUUCUACAGUCAGAGUCGCGUAAGGCUAUUCGGAUAACUCGUGAGCUUUUUGAGGCCACUGUGGAGAAAAAUUACUCGAAUACUAUACUGUCUCGUGCAAAACUACGAUCUAUCGGCGGUGCUUUCGAGCAAGAACCACGAAUCGACGUAAAGAUGUGGAAACUUAACUCCUGGUUCUAUCUCGGAUUACACUAUGACGCUCUGGGUGAGAUUGAGGAAAGCAAAAAAUGUAUGAAGAUGGCCCUUCGUUUGUCGCCUUCUGGGAAUGGUAGUGAUUUAAUUCACACGCUACCGAUGUUGCACAUGUCACAAAGAGACUGGUUUGACGAGGACGGCGACUUUGAGGCGGACCUGUUCAACAGUAGCGUGAAUCACGGUCGGUUAGGAUCAUCCAAUCAGGUCAACAAGCUAAAAGAUGUAAAGGUAGGAGUCGGCAAAGUAGAUGCCGACCCGGUUCUUGUGGAUUCGAUCAAGGAAAGCUUAUCAAAGCUGAGACUCACGGAAUUGCAAGACGCUUUGCGGCUUCGUGGAGUUCGUGCUUCGCUGAUGGAUGACGCAGGCCUACUGCCAUAAAAAUAGUUGUAAUUUUUGAUUAUCC